AUGGGCGCAUUACUAUCUGUUCCCUUUCUGGCCAUGCCGGCCAUGAGCACUGUCUGGAGCCUUGCCGCCUCCUGCUGUGGCGCUGCGACAUGCAGCGCCGUCAUGGGCUCUUGUGGAGGAAAAUGCGGCAACAGCAUCGCCACCCGUAUUGCAUACGCGCUCAUCCUGCUCGUUAACUCGAUUGUUUCGUGGAUCAUGCUCACCGACUGGGCUAUGAAGAAGCUGGCACACCUUACCCUCGAUUAUGUCGACAUUAAAUGUCUUGGGGAGCAAUGCUACGGCUACGUUGCGGUGCAGCGCAUCAACUUUGCCCUCGGCUUUUUCCACGUCAUCAUGGCUCUUAUGCUCAUCGGAGUGCAAACUUCAAAGGACCCGCGCGCAACUAUACAAAACGGCUUUUGGCUGCCCAAGAUUUUUGGCUGGAUCGGCAUGAUUGUCUUGACUUUCUUCAUCCCCAACUCGUUCUUUAUUGUGUGGGGAAACUACUUUGCCAUGGUUGGCGCAUGCCUGUUCCUCCUCAUUGGACUGAUCCUGCUCGUGGACUUGGCGCAUAACUGGGCCGAGUAUUGCCAGGAAAAGAUUGAGACUACUGAUUCGCGUAUCUGGACUGGCAUGCUUGUCGGUAGCGCCUUGUUCAUGUACCUUGCUUCAUUUGCCAUGACGAUUGUCAUGUACAUUUACUUUGCUAAGAGCGGAUGUGGCAUGAACCAAGCAGCCAUUACGAUCAACCUCAUUUUGCUCCUCAUCUCUUCCGUCGCUUCUAUUCACCCUGCGGUACAGGAUGUAAACCCGCGUGCUGGCCUCGCCCAAUCUGCCAUUGUAGCCAUUUACUGCACCUACCUCACCAUGUCCGCUGUAGGAAUGGAGCCCGAUGAUCAUCAGUGCAACCCAUUGAUCCGUGCACGUGGUACCCGUAAGGCGACCAUCGUCAUUGGCGCAAUUGUUACCUUCGUUACUGUCGCAUACACCACUACUCGUGCAGCAACAUACGGCCUGGCUCUUGGCGCUCAGGGCAAUCCUCACGGAAGCGGUUAUGCCCAAAUCGGUACCGAAGAUUAUGAACACGGCCUCGUUACCCAACAACCCGAAUCUCGUCGUGAAAUGCGCCAGGCCGCACUCCGGGCUGCCGUAGAAUCUGGUUCCCUGCCUGCCUCUGCGCUUGACGACUCGGACAGCGACGACGAGGACGAAGGGCCCUGCAACAAGAAGAACCCACGUGAUGAUGAGCGCAACGCUACACAGUACAACUAUACGCUGUUCCAUGUUAUCUUCUUCCUCAGCACAACCUGGGUCGCUACACUACUCACUACCAACUUUGACGAGAAGGACGUAUCCGGCAGCUUUGUACCCGUUGGUCGCACCUACUGGGCUAGCUGGGCUAAGAUCAUCAGCGCAUGGGUGUGCUACGGCAUCUACACCUGGACAUUGGUUGCGCCACUGGUGCUCCCGGAGAGAUUUGAUUAUUAGUUGUGCAGUCAAGCUGAGGCUCAAGUUGAAAUUUGGCUCGUCUUGAGGAAGCUGCAUCAGUCUAGACUUUGGAGUUGAUGUACACUUGCAUACAUGUAUUUUUAGAACCUGAUACGAUUCAAGCGGGGCUAGGCGUGUGGCUGGCACCCCUGUUGUUAGUACCUGCGCAUUCAUAUCAGUGGCUUGAAGCUCUGUGUUC